CCCUAUAAUUGGUGGUAGAAAUAUUUUUAGGCAGUUGGGGUGUUAAACUUUCUUAGAGGCGGGGACAAUAGGAAUUCGACGUCACUAUUUAUGAAUAAGUUCAUCACGUAGAGUAGCACAAAGCCUUCACAUUGAAAUACCACCCGUGGAAGCAAAGGUCUCGCUAAAUAUGCGCGUCAAAGUAAAGGAAUGUAUUACGUUGGUUUAAUUGGAAAAACGCGAUGGGGGUGCGAGGUCAGUUGAGUGGGCUCCCUCCUCCCAUAAUAGGCAGUUAGGUACGAUACGAUCUCGGGGCGCGCAGUCGAGCUGGGUGCUCGGUGCUCGGCAGUGCCGCGCCACUCGCCCCAGCGGUCGCGAACCACCGGUUCGCCGAUUGUCAGCAAACUUUGGCAAUCUUCGAGUGUUUUAUCGAAAAUACAGAAACAACUUUGCGUAUGGAUGCCGGCUAGCACUGGACCCAUGAAACAUGGGCUGCACGAGCAGCGCUCCAAGUAUGGCUCCACCGAAUGCCACAGAAAGAAAUAUAUCAUUUGCAGACGAAGAAGAAAAGCCAACGGAGGAGUUAAAGAAAAUGGAAUCCCAAACACGAGCCAUUAUUGAAAAUAAGGUGCUUCCUAAAAUGUGUGAUAAUUUAGAUGAAUCAAUACUAUUAUCUCGAACCGGCAAAUCUAUAUUAGAUACUGCAAGUCAGCGAAUAGAUAAAGAUGUACAAACGGAUAGUUUUAGGAUAGAUAACCAAAACGCCUGGGAUGAAAGUUUUAGAUUAAUGCAGGAAGAAAAAGAGCACACUCCAAAAUUAGAAGAAGUGGUGGAGCAAGUGGUGGAGAUGUUGCACUCAGAUAACAACACAGAGAGUGCGAGGAAUACUCCCGAGGAGCCCGAAGCUGCCCCCGAGGUCGCGGAGGUCAGCGAAGAAGUCGACGCUGCAGACACUGCAGAAGAACUAGAUAAAAAUUGCGAGCAUUCAGAAGAAAUGGUCAGCCCGAGUCAAUCGGAGAGCAGUCGAGCCACGCGCUGGGAAGCGCUAGCGGACAUCGCGGCAGAGCUGCCGCCUUCGCUCGCCGUCGACCCUCUUACCGGACAAAUCUACACCUUAAAGUGAACAAUGCUCAGGCGCUGGUUGACUUCAGGGUAGUUAUCUCCGUCAACCUUAUUAAAACUCUAAUUCAAUCUACCAAUAAUAUAAUAUUCAAGUGAUAGUUAAGUAGGUACUGCGUUUUAAGAUGUCACUCUAGCCAGUCUAAGGAAUAGUUUUGGGAUCCUAAUUUAAUACCAUGCUCAACAACAAACUAAAAGUUGGUACCGGUUACGGGCUCUAAACUAUAUCUUCGAUUCUUUCUCAUAAGGCAUAUGACUGUAAAGUCACAGUUUACCGGGCCCUCUAACAGGACUCUAUUUUACACCUAAAAAAGAUCGUUGGCUGAAUUCUGCCUAGCUGA